GAUCUCACUUUAUCUUUAAGGGUCCCUCAAACGCAAAAAGUGGCCCUAAGUACCGUGCAAGAACCUCCCUUCUACUUCACUUCAUCACGGCACCCUAGAUUUCAAGUGAAGGAAGCUGUCAUACUUUAGGCCGCCCGAUCCGAGCCUUAAGGGACCCUAAAUUAAGAUGGCGGUCAUUAUUUGAAAAAAAUAACUCAUUUAAUUAAACUUCUACUGUAAUAUAAAGAGGAAUUGGGCUUGCGCUGCUUGUAAAUAAUGAUAAUUAUUUAAAAUGAAUGUGUAGGAAGAGUUUUGUUGCAUAUGCGACUCUUUUAAAUAUUCUAGUGUUAAAACAACUUAUCCCAUAUCCACCCAGACCAUCUUUGUUUACAUUUUGAAGUGCUUACUUUAUUUACUAGAAAAUAGCCGUUUCGUAAGUGAUUUCUAAACAUUAUUGUGUGUUCUUAGAGUAAAUAAAGUACUGUGUGAGUUUAUAUUUGCUCUGAUGGAUGACCCGAGAUUGUUUGACGAAGAAUAUUUAGAUUUUAUUCAACGGGUCGAAAAUAGAGAAAACCAUCAUCCCCGACGGUAUUUACGUGAUGGUCAAAAUCCUUGCGAAUUCUUCUCCGACAUCGAAUUCGUCAAACGUUUUCGAUUUUCUAAACAGAUUGUGAUGGACACUAUUGUGCCUCUUGUUGCUGCCGACAACAAUGAUAGGAGAGGAUUGCCAUUGCCACCAGUUCUUAAAGUUGUAAUAGCCUUGCGAUUUUAUGGCAGCAAUAGUUUUCAGAAUGUAUGUGGUGACCUAUGCCAUGUCAAUCAAGCAACAGUGUCAAGGAUUGUAAAGGUUGUUUCUGCACAAUUGGCCGAGCACCUUUUGGAGUAUGUUUAUUUUCCUGGACGGCAGCAACUUCAAGAAUACCAUAGGCAGUUCUAUGUAAAUGGUGGCUUUCCUGGUGUAACUGGGUGCAUAGACUGCACUCACAUUGGCAUUAGAAGCCCUGGUGGCCAGUUUGCAGAACUCUACCGUAAUAGGAAGGGUUACAUGUCUCUCAAUGUUCAGGUUGUCUCAGGUCCUAACCUUGAGAUUCUUGAUAUUGUGACAAGGUGGCCUGGCAGUACACAUGACUCAAGGAUUUUCAGCAACAGCCGGGUGAUGACUCGUUUUGAAAAUAGAGUUCUGCCAGGAGUACUGCUGGGAGACAAUGGCUAUCCUCAACUGCAUUUUCUUUUUACUCCAAUACUGGUGCCAAAUACAGUUGAGGAAACUCGCUACAAUGUAGCCCACAAGCGGACCCGGAAUACAGUAGAAAGACUGUUUGGAGUAUGGAAGCGGAGGUUCUCAUGCUUGGGACACAAGCUACGCUCAAGUCUCCAUACUACCAGCAGGGUCAUCGCUGCAUGUGCUGUUUUGCAUAAUAUAGCUGUUGCACGUGGUGAGCCACUGCCACCUCCUCCAGCUGACGAGGAGCACUUCAUGCCUGCUGUUCCUGUUGCAAAUGCGGCACCACGAAAUAAUCGUGGAGUUGAAGUGCGUGCAGAUUUUAUUCAGCGAAACUUUUUCUGAAUUUCGUUGAUUUAUUUUGAGUAGAUUGAAAACCCUGUCUUACCACCAAUGUUAUUUUUUAAUCAACAUGUAAUCACAAAAGCAAACGGCGUAGAAUCUAUACUAAUAUUAUAAAACUGAAGAGUUUGUUUGUUUGGACGCGCUAAUCUCAGGAACCACUGGUCCGAAUUGAAAAAUUAUUUCAGUGUUGGAUAGUACAUUUAUUGAGGAAGGCUAUAGGCUAUAUUAUAUUAUCAAUAACAUUAGGGAUUCUUACUAAAAGUCCAAUUUAGAAUCAAAUGUGUUGGAGGGGGUUAGAUACAACAUGCAGUACACGUACGAAGUGUGUGUUGACAAUGCCGCAGGCGCUAGAAGUUUAUUUCCUAUUGCAUAUUAACAUUGUUGCCACGCACUAGAUGCCUUAUCAUUCUUAAUUUUCCCAUACAAGUAAAAAACACCCGUGUGAUAUUAACAACGAAGCAAUCAGUACCGUCAUAAGAGUUUUUUAGUAUUUAAAUACUUUUUAUCACUUUAAAUCACAAACCUAAACUAUUGUUUUUUUUCCUCUCUCUGUGUUUAAUUUGAUUUUUUUAUUAACAUUUUUUUUUCAAGUAUAUACAUUUUACAGACUUGAAACUUCACAGUAAUGUUCCUUAUGUUACGCAGGAUGACAUUUUCCGAAAAUUAGAUCCCAUGGGUGGUUAAAACCAGGAAACAGUGGGUACUUUGUCUGCAUGAGAACAAGAUUUUGCAUUGUUGAUGCCUUCUGCAUCUCCAUGGCAACGGGCAUCGCGCGGCAGUGGUGUACCCACAAGGAGGGGCAUGUAUAAUGAGUGGCGCAAGAGUGAUCUGCCUGUAGACUGCCGUAGCGAAGUACGGGUACAUCAGUUGUACGUUGCGUGCACGAGUCGGGAAACCAUCGGUGCUAUUCAUUUUCUCUCCGGUACAUUAUACAGCAUUGUAAUAAAUUUUCACUGAAUUUUUUUUACAAUUACUGUAAAUGGGAGCUGUGGCUUAAUUUUUUUCCAUUAGUAUAGCCGUGCGAAGCCGGGUCGGGCAGCUAGUUUUAAACAUAAUUCCUUAAGUUAUUUUUAAUAUAAUGCGUUGUUUGCUUUGUAGUGACAUGGUAAUAGGCCUCCUGGGGAACUCGCCAUGUAAAAUAAAGAGUAACGAGUUGAGUGCUGUACCUCCGGAUGUUUACCACCCAUGGUAGACCUCUAGGGUCUAACACUUGUGGUAGAUAUCCAAGGUGAUUUGGAAACUGGCACAGACAGGUAAGUAGUGCCUUUUUUGUUUCAUUUUUGCUACUUAUUGUGUAUCUAUGCUUCUUAAAGGUAUUCCUAGAAUGAAUGUGUUUGUAGCACAAGGAAUUUUAACCUUGCUGCAUUAUACAUUCAAAGAUGCUUUAAAACAUGAUCAGUCUUGUUAAUUCCUACAUUUACACAAUAAUACCUGAAUAUGGAAGUUACAUGAUUAUCUUUCGAUACUUCUCUGUAUUAGCUUAUUGUCUCACAAGAUAUAUUCAGGAAUUAAAAUUUCAUUUUAAAUCAUUCACUUUUACAAAGAGUAAUGUGUAGAAAGUAAAAUUCUUAAAUAAAAUUUGGAACUAUUAUGUAUUUUGUUGUUUUUUGUGUUUAAACUUUUAAUAAAAUUGGAAUGAGCUAAAGCCUUUGUUUAGUUAUGAAACUGAACAUGCAGAAUAUUUACUGACAUUAAUGCAUACAGUACCAUCAAGUAAUUCAGCUGAUGAUAAAUUAUAAAAAAAAUAAUAAUUUAAUUCCUUCUACACAUCAGAUGAGUUCUUAACCCAGAGUAGAGUAUUUUGUUGUGUAUUUAUAAUGUCUAAUAAGUUCUCACUAGUAUGCAUUUAAAAUUAACAUUUUUCAAAACAUUCCAUAUGCCACAUCACAAUGUUUUAAAUGAAAUUUACAGAAAAGUGGCUUCUGGGAAGUAAGACAAGUAAUAAGUGAAAGGUUGAUUAGGUUACUCAUAUUAUUACAUAUUAAAGUAUUACUUACAUAUUAAAUACUUAUUAUUAAUGUUUCUGACUUAACUUUAUAAACCUUUUACAUAAGUAGGUAUUACCCUUAUUUCCCAGAAGCUGCUUCUCUACAAAAAUUACCAUAUUGUGAACCAGUCCUAAAUUAUGUCAUCCAAUUUAGCUUCAUACUCCUUGUGAACCAUUUAUGAAUCCUAAUUCAAUGCCCAUAAGUUCACCUAUGAGUACUACAUUUUCUGUAUGGCUAGGUUUACUAUUCCUUGUAAACUGUGUUAUGAAUUUUAAUAGGAUAUGUCUUAACUGUAUAACCAGUUAUUGUGAAUAGCUGAUUGUUUUACCAGCAA